AUGGACUCAUCAAUUCCAUCUAAAGCUCAUCCUACAGAUGUAUAUGAGCUUCAGUCACGUAUUGGCGAAGGCUCAUAUGGAAAAGUUUAUCUUGGCAUUCACAAAGUUACUAAAGAGCUAGUGGCCAUCAAAAUAAUAGAUAUUGAAGAGUGUGGAGAUGAUAUAGAUGAAAUACGGAAUGAAAUAGCGGUACUUUCAGAUCUGCAUUCUCCAUGGGUAACAAGGUAUCAUGGCUCAUUCAUCAAAGGUUCAUGCAUGUGGAUUAUCAUGGAGUAUUGCUCUGGAGGUUCAUGUCGUGAUAUGUUGAGCAAGUAUGGUGUGUUUGAUGAAACCCAAGUUGCAUUUAUUGUAAAGGAACUGUUGCAUGGACUAGUUUAUUUGCAUUCACUUGGAAAGAUUCACCGUGAUAUCAAGGCUGCCAAUGUUUUGCUAAUGGACAAUGGUGGAGUAAAAUUGGCCGAUUUUGGUGUAUCGGGUCAGAUUACUGCAACGAUCACAAAGAAAAAUACGUUUGUUGGUACUCCCUAUUGGAUGGCACCAGAGGUUAUUUUAAGGUCUGCAUACAAUGCAAAGGCAGACAUCUGGUCGCUAGGCAUCACUGCAUGGGAACUUGCACAUGGCCUUCCACCUUACGCCAAUAUUCAUCCCAUGCGUGUUUUGUUUAUGAUUCCAAAAAACAAUCCACCUGUGCUAGAUGAUAAAUUCUCCCAACCAUUCAAAAGCUUUAUGGCGGCAUGCUUGACGGCAAGACCUAAAGAUCGACCAACAGCAGAAGCUCUUUUGAGUCACGAGUUCUUUACAAACCAGCCGUCUAUUAGCCCUCUGCUUCCAUUAAUACAUACUUCAGAUUCCAAAAAUCAAUCUACUUUGAAUUCGGAAAACUCUUUGCCAAUACCAGAAAGCAGCGAUGCCGAGUCUCUUGAGUGGGAUUUUGAUGAAGGGAGAAAGUCGAAAGCGUCAAUAGUCGAAUCAACAGAUUUUAUUGAUCGAUCAACUGAAGUAACACGGCAAUGUAAAGAAAGUUUAUUGGUAGCUUCUCAAGCUGAGAUAGCAUAUAGAACUCUAGGUAAAAGGUAA